AUGGGUCCGCAAAUGAUUUUUAAAUUCCGCAUUAUUGCAGAUUUUGGAGUUGAAUUGCGGAAGGAACUGGUUUUUUUUAGAAUUGGAAUAUAUCCUCCAUCACCAAAAUUCACUCAAAAACCCAGAAAUAAUGCGUCCCAAUAUCCGAUUCCUAACAACUAUAUAGUUGAAACAGAAGUUUCUGGAUGGACUCUUAGAUGUGAAACUAAAUAUACUUCAAAUUUAAAAAAAAUUGGCCAGAAACACUCAACUAAACUUUCUGGACCGCGAUUAUUUGGAUUGGAUAUUGAGCCAUUAUAUAAUUUUCAUUUACAAAUUGGAUCUCUCCCUAUUAUUACUACUGCAACAAAACAAAAUAAACGAAUCAAUAGUUUUGGAUGUGAUGUUCAGAAAGCAGUUGAUGAACUAAUUAUCAAACAUAAAUUAACAAAUUCAUCUGGACAACCAAUUAUGCAUAUGCAUUAUAUAGAAUUUGAUUACAAAGAAAAUCAAACUUAUAUUAAAUUUGGAGAUUCAAAUUCCACAACUACACAAACAAGACUUGAUUCUAUUGUACGUGUAUGUGAUGAAGCAUUUUUGGGUCAUGAUGGAUAUCGACAUUUGGCAGCAGUUGUGCCAAUUCUUUUUCGUGAAUAUUUAGUUGCUAAUCGUCGAAAUAAGAUUAAUGAACUUAUAAAUAUUCAAAUUCACAUAGGGAAUUUUAAUAUAGAUAAGGAAAUUAAUAACCAAUCCAGUAUUGAUGAUGAUGUUAAUGAAUAUACUGGUGAUAUUUUAGUAGAUGAUCAUGAAGUAGGAAAUGGAGCUUUUCGUUCUCUUUUAACUUUACUUAAAGCAUUAAUACCUAUUUGA